AUGUCUGCUGAAGAUACACAAGCUACUACCGGUAUGCAUAAGGAUUCCAUGACAAUGGAAAUGCUGGAUCAGCUGCUGGCUACACUCCUAUUGGCAGUCAUUGGAAAGAUCCAUCAGGAACUCCACGAGGAGCGCCAACAGCUCAGACAGCCAGAGCCUGAAUCAUACCUGUCCAAUCAGUACCUGACCAUUCUAUUCUCCAACGCCCUUGGCCAGGUGGCACUCGACUAUCCUGCCCUGGCGUUUCCUCUGGUCUUCUUUAUGAAGAAGCAGGCAAGGGCUGCGGAUAGAGAUAUGCAGAGACAAGCCUCAGCCUCACAAGGUAAGACCGCACUGUUACAGCAGGAACAGGCAGAGCAACCACGGUAUCAGUCACCGCUGACACAAGAACAAACACAAGAACAGCUGAUGCAGCAGUUAGAACAACUUUUGCCAGACAUUGCAAGGAGGAUUCAAGCCGCAUCGUCACUAGUACCGGUACCGGUACCGGUACCUGUGGUGAACCCUGCGCCGAGCAACGGAAACACUGAUGGGGCUGGUUUACAUAUGAACCACCACAGCAAUACUGCUGGUUUCGAUGCAGCUGCCACUCAAGGAAGCAACUGUCACUAUGCCGCUCUUCCGUCCAACCAGAAGGCUUCCCAUGUGUCUCUGGGGGCACAAAACGACAAAGCUGCUUCCAGGCCAGUGAGUGAACCUGCACCACAGGCAAAGCAGCCAACAGUACCAAUCCAACAGGUGCAGCAAAUGCUGCGGCUGCUGCAGCAACUCCCACCGAGUCAACGUCAAUCUCUAUUGCAAUCGACGCAUGGAGGUACCGGUACCGGUACUGAUACGGUUGGUGCACAACAGAGAAGCCAUAACGAUGGAACUGAAAGCCAUCCUACCUCAAUCACAGGUCCGCCACCCUCGCAACAGCAGCAGCAGCAGCAGAUCACGCCAAGUGAUCUUCAAUCCUUGUUGCAAGCCUCGCAAAAGGGCGGGUAG